AUGGGUAAUAGUUUAAGGAAUUGUUUAGGUUGUAUUCUUCCUUGUGGAGCUUUAGAUUUAAUCAGAGUCGUUCAUCUCAACGGCCAUGUCCAAGAAUUCUCUCCGCCGCUCUCCGCUGCCGAGAUCCUCCACGCCAAUCCCGGCCACGUCCUCACCACUCCCUCCUCCGACGACCACCGCCUCGUCCGCCGUGUCACCAUUCUCUCCCCUGAAUCUCACCUCCGACGAGGCGGCAUCUAUUUCUUGAUUCCUGCUGAUUCCGACCACCGGAAGGCUGCUAAGAAGCCAUCCGGCGCCGGCGUUUUCCCGGAAUCUGACGAUCUUAGUCACGGAUUAGAGGAUGUCAUUGUCUUGAAGAAGGCUAAACCCAGCCGACGAGAUCGUCGGAGGAGCCGUAGCUACGGCGGCACGUGGCGGCCUCAUUUACAUAGCAUUAGUGAAGAUUAA